AUGCGAUCAACUCCAGUGUGGCGAUCACUGAGACUCCUACAGAGAGCACCCACCAGGUGCAACUCGAGUCGCAGAGCUAUUCAGACUGCAAACAACCCCCGCAUCCCGAACUUCGCUUUUGCUUUUGAUAUUGAUGGCGUCCUUCUCCGAGCAUCGAAGCCAAUUCCCGGCGCUGCCGAAUCAUUGAGACUCUUGAAAGAACAGGGCAUUCCAUUUAUCCUCCUCACCAACGGCGGCGGUAAACACGAGACGGAACGCGUCGCAGAGAUCAGCGAGAAGUUAAACGUACCACUGGACCCGACAGACAUCGUCCAGAGUCACUCGCCUUUUGCAGAGCUCGUAAAAGGCGUGGACGAGGCGAGUGCGUUGGAACAUAAAUGUGUGUUGGUCGCGGGUGGUGAUGGCGACCGUUGUCGGCGCGUUGCGGAACAAUACGGCUUCAAGAAUGUCGUGACUCCAGCAGACAUCUUCAUGGCCAAUCCAUCCAUUUGGCCCUUUUCGAAGAACUUCACAGACUAUUACAAGACCUUCGCGAGGCCUCUUCCCAAGUCGCUGGACCCAAAUGAUCCGACGAAAGGCCUCAAGAUUGACGCUAUCUUUGUGUACAACGAUCCUCGGGACUGGGCUCUUGACACUCAGGUGAUUAUGGAUCUUUUGCUUUCCUCGAACGGAAUCAUGGGUACAUUGUCGGAGAAGAACGGCCGGUCCGAUCUUCCCAACCACGGUUAUCAACAGGAUGGACAACCACACCUCUACUUUUCCAAUCCUGAUCUUUGGUGGGCCGCUGCCUAUCACCUGCCUCGUCUCGGCCAAGGAGGCUUCCGAGAGGCUCUUGAAGGUGUCUGGGCUGCGACGACAGGUGGCCCUAGCAAAGGUAUUGAGCUGAAGAAGACUGUGAUCGGCAAGCCUCACCAACCGACCUAUGAGUUUGCCGAGCGACAGCUACUUCGGAACCGUGCGAAAGCUUUUGAGGGCGCAACAGACCUUCCGCCUUUGCGGCGAGUCUACAUGGUUGGGGACAAUCCCGAGUCAGAUAUUCGGGGUGCGAACUCCUACCGCAGUGAAGUUGGCAGCAGCUGGCAGUCGAUCUUGGUGCGAACUGGUGUCUAUAGUGGCGGCGAGCCCGCCUGGACUCCACGGGUCAUUACGGACGAUGUUCAUAAGGCAGUGCAAUGGGGAUUGAAGGCUUCCAAGUGGACUUGA